AUGCAAUCUUUGACUAAGAAAGACGGUGGUGACCAAGGACUUCUUAACUUGUACUUCUCCGACUGGGCGCACAAGGAUAUUAGCAAGCAUUUGCCCUUUAUUUACAACAUGUCCUCCACGGCGUGCUACUCGUAUUUGCCGGCAUUUAAACAAUUUGGUAAAAAUGCCAAAAUUAUACACUUCAUUGGAUCGUCCAAACCGUGGUUGCAAUAUUUCAACACAGAAACUAGGAAGGUCCACCCAUCCGAAGGUCUGAACCACUUGGCGGAUAUCCUCCAACUCUGGUGGAACAUCUUUUGCGAUCUUAUUCAUCCAAAACUCUCCUCCGAUAUGACCAGCCAUAACGACACUGUGCAUGGUAGUCAGUCUUACACUUCCCAAAAUCUUGUUCACACUUCCUAUUAUCACGACCACAAUCAUCCUUCUACUUCUUCUAAUCCUAAUAAUGCGGGAGACUACCAAAAUGUAUGGGAUCCAUGGGACGAAUAUGACUCUAGACAAUCUGAUAAUACAUCACAUGACAAUAUGUACUCACAGGCGCAAAUCCAACGUACUGAACACCCUCACUCACAAAUAGAAACUUAUCACGUUCAAGAACCCGACACAUAUCAGAAACCCGACACAUAUCAAGAACCCGACACAUAUCAAAAACCCGACACAUAUCAAAAACCCGACACAUAUCAAACACCCGACACGUAUCAAGCACCCGACACAUAUCAGAAUAAACACAGGCCUCAGGAGUAUCAUUCACAUACUGAACAAAGCCAAACUUAUAUUGAACAUCAUUAUCAUUCAGACACUGGUCAUAUCCAAACUUAUCAACAACAACAACAACAACAACAACAACAACAACAACAACAACAACAUAAUAAUAAUAUUAAUUUAGAAACUCAUAGUCACUAUCACGAAACACUCGAGAGGCAUAUUCAAUCACAUGAAUCUCAUUAUCAACAAAAUGUAAUUGAAUCUCAUAAUACAAAAGCAUUUUCUGAGGCUGAACAUCAUGAUCACAUUCAUCAUCCUUCAAAUAGUCAACCGCAACCUUCUCCCAUCGCCCCUGUUAUUCCUAGUAAUCAUAACGAGCCUACUCAUAGUCCAUCUAUUCACUAUGAGCCUCCUCAACAUUCUUCCCAAGAUAAUUCAUCCAACAGACCCCCUCCUAGCGAUCCUAGGCUACCAGAUGAUUGUGUGGCAACUACUACAGUGUCCAACGAAAUAACUUUGCAAACAGACUCUAUAGAGGACAGUAAUGACGAUCAUGCUGGAUUAGCUGGUGCGUUUGCAAAUCUAACCCUGGGACAAGCAAGAACUCCUGAGCAACAAGCCUUGGACGAUCAUUUGAGAAGACAAGGAUGGGAAGUCGGCAACAUAGAUUACUUAGGAAAGGAUUCCUUCGAAAAUAUAUGGAGCAAAAUUUGCGAGACAUUGUCUGAAGGGACUGAAAAAGUUCAACCUCCAGCUCAAGCUCCUGAAGCAGCACCCUUGCCUGCUGUAUCACCACCGACAGAGGCUCCAAAACCAGUUGAAUCUACACCACCAAGUGAGGGCCUUAUAAAAGCUCCAGAAACAAUUCCUGUUUCUGGACCUCCAAAAUCUGCAGAACCGAAGCCCGUAGAAGAGAAGACAGCCCCAGCUGCAUCUACUGAAACUCCUCCAGAGACAGCGGUUCCAAUUCCCGUUGCUGAAACUCCAGUUCCCACUGCAGGCCCUGCCACCGAGAAGCCAGCCUCCGUCCCGCCAGCUGGUGCUCCCGAAGCAACUACAGCUGUCACCACCCCAACAGCAGUUCCUGCAGCAUCAGCAGCCGUUCUAGAAGUAGCUGCAGUGCCUACCACCAUAGCAACGGUUUCCGAAGCAGCCGCUGCUCCCACCACCCCAACAGCUGUUCCCGAAGCAGCCGCUGCUCCCACUACACCAACACCUGUUCCCGAAGCAGCCGCUGCUCCCACCACCCCAACAGCGGGCCCCGAAGGAUCAAAAGCAAUUCCCGAAGCCCCAAAAGCAGUUUCCGAUAUACCCGCCUCAGUUCCUGAAGCAGCUUCAAUCACACCAACAUCACUUCCCGAAGCACCCGUAGCAGUUCUCGAAAAGUCAGCUGUAGGUACCGAAAUGCCUGCCGCAGUACCCGGAGCACCAGCAGCAGUUCCCGAAAAGCCAGUAGCAGUUACUGAAACACCAGAAGCAGUUCCGAUACCAGCAGCAGUUCCCGGAACACCAACAGCACUUCCCGGGACACCAGUAGAGAUUUCCAAAACGCCAGCUGCUGCUCCUGCUACUCCUAGUGCAGCUACUUCAGCCCCUACUCCUGGUACAGCUACUACAACCCCAGUUACCGCGGUCGCUCCUUCACCCACAACUCCUGAGGCUUCUAAACCGACUGAAAUUUCACAAACAACACCUAAAACUUCCUCGGAAUCUACGGCGACACCUCCAGUUCCAUCAACACCCUCUACUGAGGUCACAAAACAAGCAGAGACGGCUAAACCAUUAUCUACUGAAGCCGUUAAAGAAGUUCCUAAAGCAUCUUCUGUAGAAGCCCCCAAAGAAGGUCCAGCAGCGGCCCCAAAGAAACCUGAAGAAGCCCCCAAAGAAGGUCCAGCAGCGGCCCCAAAGAAACCUGAAGAAACCCCAAAGGCAUCUGGAGAAGUCCCAACAACACCUACAGAGUCCCCUAAAGCGCCCAAAGAAGCAGAAAAGAAACCUGAAGAGACUGCACAGCCCCCAAUCGCUAAAGUAACAGAAGCUACCCCGCCCACUACACCUAGCACGCCUCCUACACCUAAAGUCCUAGCAGUAGAUACAAGUGUGCCUGAAACACCACCUCCAGCAACUACAGAGGCAGCUAGUCCGACUCCACCCCCACGUAAAGCGGGAGGAGCCCCUAAAAAGUCAGGGGGAAAGAAGAAAUAAAUUCUUAACGACUGUUUUAUUAACUUUUUUGCCUUAAGAGUGUGAUGAUCAUAAGAGCGUUCUAUUUAUUUUUUAAUAUUAGGUUGGCUAAAAUAUUUCUUAAUGACUUCCUCGUUUUAAUAUAUAUUAUAGAUUUUUGUGAAACGACAUUAUUUCAAAGGUAUUAUAUACACAAAUACAAUACUAAUUGAUGAUAAGCUGUUAAAUUUUCUAUUUCGAUGUUUAUAGGAAAAAUUGUGAAUGCCGUUGCUCAUUAGUUUUGUUUUUGUGUUAUACUGGUCAGUUUGAGAUAAUUUUCAAACGGGAAUAGUGAAUUCAAAUUUUGUGUUAUACUGGUCAGUUUGAGAUAAUUUGCAAAUGGGAAUAGUGAAUCCCAAUUUUGAAAAUGUUGAUAAGAAAAUAAACUUGUUUCAGAAUAUUU